AAAACGAGAGCAACUUCUUUGAAAACAUAAAAAAGUUUUAACGUUAGACAUAUUCUAUCAAUAGUGUCACAUUUUUUAUUAAAAAAAUAGUUCUCAAAAAAAUAAUAAAAUCCAAAAUGUCCGAAAACCAGAUCCAAAUUCCCGUAGAGCUGACGGAGACACUGGUCUUCGACGACGCAUUCACAUCCAUGAAGGAACGGUUCGUGGCCGAGAUGAAGAGGAUCGAUGAGGCCAUGGUCAAGUUCAGCAAUAGGUUCCUCCAAUCCCAGACAGCGCGGAUCGACAGCAACACGUCAUCCCCCGACCCUCACGCAGACCUCCUCACCAACUCCCCGCUGGUGGAAGGCGAGGGGGAGAAUAAAAUACUCAAAUUACAGUUCGAUGUCAGCCAAUUCAACCCUGAAGAAGUGACGGUGAGCAUGCUACAAAACAAGCUGAUGAUAUCCGCCGCCCACAAGGAGAGUACCGACACCAGCACCAGCCUCCGGGAGUACAGGAGGGAGUUCUACUUCCCCCAGGGCGUGGACCCCGCGAACAUCACCUCGUCACUCUCCAAGGACGGGGUGCUCAUAGUACAGGCACCGCUGGCGAUAACCGACAACGCGACUCCCAAAUAAACCACUACAACUCAAGUGUCCUUUAACUUUGUCAUAUUUAUAUCAUAAAUGGAGAAAAUCUCAUAUCAUCACUAUUUAUAUCAUGGAAACAGAAAUACGGAAUAGACAAAAAUAACAAUAAAUUAAUGAAAAUCAA